AUGGCUGGCUUGCCAGAGAAACGAGAUAAUUGGGGGUCGUACAACUCGAUAUACGUUAUCACCACCAAGGAUGGCACUUCUCUAGCGGAGUUUAAUUCCAAAGUCAAGGGGUUUGACAAUGGAGCAGGGACGGAAAGUGUCAAUGAUGCUGUCAACUACCAGGUGUAUAGUACCCGCCUCACGGCAGCCCAAGCCGCUGAGAUGAAGAAGAUUUCUUGUGUUCGAUAUGUUUGGGAAGAACUUGACCCAGAUUAUGAUAACGAUGAUGACUCCGAAGAUGAACGAGCUUUGCCGCCAUUUUUGGAAGAGCCGUCCUUUCAGCGUCGAGGAAGUGGAGGCAGCGUUUCUCGCAAGGAAAGUGCCUCUCAACUGAAGUUGCUAUCAUGGAAUAAGCCUGGAAAGCCUGGUGGAGAUUAUUUGGCUGAUAGCAGCCUGGGGAAGGGGACCACCAUCUAUGUGAUUGACACAGGGUUUAACCUGGCAGCUUCAGACCUUGCAAGCACCAAUGAUAGAAAGGUCACCCACUAUGUGGUUGAUAAUGAAAAAACUCUCCCCCUUGAUAGUUCCCUCACAGAUGCGUCAUGGCGGAAGCCCAGUGAUAUAACAGACUGGGGAGAUCAUGGUACAAGUGUUGCAUGUGUGGCUGGUGGUUUGGUGUAUGGUGUGGCAUCAAAAGCCAAUCUUCAUCUAGUAAAAGCGAAGAACGCAUGGAAAAAGCCCGGUAGCCCCUUAAAGGUUGGGCGUUACCAGCUAGCUGCAUUGUCAGAUGCAUUUAUUCAUAUCCUGGGCCACAUCAGAACCAACUCAAAGGGGAAGGCUGUUGUUAAUAUGUCUUGGGGCAUAGAAUCCUCCCAGGAUGUGACAAACCUUCUUGACAUGUUCAUCAAGAACUUGGAAGCACUUGAUGCUGUACCGGUCACCUCGGCUGGCAAUACAGGAGAUGAAGACGAUAGCGGGUUAGAAAAGAAGGUCCCUACAAAUUUAGGCACAGAUGAUAAUACGCUGAUUACCGUCGGCGGCACCAAGUCAGAUGGUGACCUGUGGUCUAAGACCACGCCAAAAAGAGCUGGCAAGGCAGGAUCAAUAACAGUAUAUGCACAGGGAAGUAAAGUGACGACCCAGAAUGGUGAAGGGGUUGUGAGCUCUGAUCAUUCAGGGACGAGCUUGGCAUCGCCAGCUAUUGCCGGCUUAGUUGCCUAUUACAUGGGACAUGAUGAUUUUAAUCACAAUUUCAGGACCGGUCGUGUUGCAACAGAUGUGAAGGAUUUUGUGACCAGGUUUGCCUUUCAACGCGUUGAAAAGGUUAAACUUGCCAAAAAUUAUCCAAAACCAGACAAAGUGCUGGUUGGAUAUAAUAUAGCGAGAGGAGCUGCUCAACAAUGCAAAGUUUACAAGCGUGAUGGUUUUCUCACACGUCGAUGUGAGCUAGAGGAUGUAACAACAGAUUCACCUUAUCUGGUUGAUGAUUGUGAAUAG